UGUAUUGUCUAAUGACAAAAAAACUGUGAAUGUUGUAUAUAAAGACAUUCUGUAGUAUAUUUAAUGUGUUCAGGGGUUGUCUAUUUAAGAAAUCUAAUCUAAACAAAACAAAAAUAUAUUUAGUAUCAGCAUUACACCCGUGCGAAGCUGGGGCGGCUCGCUAGUACUACAUAAAAAAUGACCAACACUUGACCUGAUUGUUUUUAACUGAAUUUGAAAACAUGAAAAGACAUAAUUUCAACAGGGGAAAUAUUACACAUAUUUGUAGGAACGUUUUCCUUUCUGACCUAUUGUAUGUUCGACGUACCUGUCUGUGAAAACAACGAGUAUUUAAGAAAGAAUCUGAAAACAUCCAUGAAAAAUGUACACAGGUAUACCUACAUGCAAGUCUUCGCUAAUGAGCACCUGGUCUAUGUACCUUUACUACGUUUGCGUCUUGAGAAUCGUUCCCCUGUUCCGUUAUAUUUGUUUAAAGAAGUCAUAAAAGGUUCGAGGAUGCUUAUAACCACUCAGUACAAAUACAUUUAGUGGUGAGAACUAAACAGAUGGCUAGGUCUCUCAAAAUAUCCCUUGUGCUUGUCGCAGCAUACCUCACCCCCACGUUAUGUGGAUUUUUUGACUACACCGAUGUCGAAGAUCCUUUUGCAAUGGUCUGGACCGCCAGGGACCAGCUCAUUCGAGAACCGAACAGUGCUUGCCAAGCAGUUUUGGAAGACUCUUCUGUCAUCGAAGGGGUUUGCAAAAACCGUGCUGAGUGCCGCCUGGCCGGGGGAAUACCACGUCAGUCUUGCGGGAUCUUCUCUACCUGUUGCACUUUUGCGAAAAGUUGUGGAGGAACAACGUCAGCUAAAAUUACCAAUUUCCAGUCGGGAAACACAAUUAGUGCUUUUUCAAAACCAUGCCAUUAUACGGUAAAACUGCAUAACAAAAAUAUAUGCCAAAUGCGUGUAGACUUUAUUAGAAUGACUUUGGCACCCCCCAGUGUGGAUAAUUCUAGCAUGACUGUCACUUGUAACACUGAUCUGUUUUUUGUGGAUAAAUUUCCAAGAAUACCAGCAAUAUGCGGAAGAAAUGACGGACAACACAUGUAUAUUCCUGUUAAUGCAACAGAAGGAACAAUGUCAGUCACUCUAAGUAUUUUAAUGACUGACAGGUACACACAUCCGCACCUCCCCAUUCCCAACUGGCAUAUUAGGGUAACACAACUGGAAUGUCCAGGAACAAGAAGCGCAUUUACCACAGAGAAUGCAGCUGCUACUGAUUACAAUUUGAUCGCGCCUUCGGGAUGUCUACAAUAUUAUCCUGAACGCAAAGGGGUUUUUAAAUCGUUUGGUUAUGACAUAACCAGGCCAGAUAUAAGCCGUUACACAGUUAACCAAAAAUACGCAAUUUGUUUCAAACGACCGAAAGAUGCAUGCGGAAUAAAAUUUUACGCUAAUUACUUCCAAAUCUCGCCGCAAUACGGUAGGUUGGAAACCACCUGCGACGACCACUUAUUCAUCCCUGGAUUAGUUAGUCCCGUUAACAUGGUGGGAAAAGUGUGCGACCACAAAUCCGGAAGCACUUUCGUUUCCGAAACACCUGGUCCCCUUUACGUUUACUUCGAAUCAGAUGGAAUGUCAGAUAUUCAAGGAAAAACUGAUGUUGGAUUUGACAUAGGAUACGACGUUAUGACUGUGUGCUGAAGUUGAAUAUAACACAAAGGUCACUGAUUAUCAGCUUUUUGAUUAUUUAUUAAUUAUUUUAAAUAAGGUACUUAAUUUUUCCUACAAAAGUUCCUGCAUUUUCCACCAGAACGUUAACAUAAAUUAUUGUAAUUCUCAUUCUUCAUUUGUAGCUUUUUGAGUUAUGUGCUUUUUUAUUGUUUAUUAAUUAUUGUAAAUUAGUUACUUUACUUUUCCUGCAAAAGUUAUCACAGGAACGUUAACUUAUAUUAUUGUAAUUCUCA